AUGAAACCUCCACCAAACUCACUCCAAGAAUACUUGUACAGACUCCUCAUCGAAUCACCAGGAUUCAACAACUGGGUACGCAAAGUUCACGCCCGAAUCAAUCGUAUACCCUACCAGGAAUUCCCUGACGCUUCCAAACUCACCGAGUUCGAUAUCCACGACUUUAAACCCACUCGAUGGCAAAAAGCUAAUGCGUUCAGAAGAAUAUGGCUACAAGAAACGAAACAAACAUUUAGGUUUUGGUAA